UCCAGAACCUCACAAACCUUUUCAAUGUCUUCUGUGUUGUAGAUAUUCCUGCUUACAUCUGUCUGGAGAUAACAUGUGGCUCUUCACAGCUCUACUCCUCUGGGCUCCAGUCAGUGGGCAAGAGGCUGAGCGUCCAAAGGCGGUGAUCACCUUGCAGCCUCCAUGGGUCAAUAUAUUCCAAGAGGAAAGUGUGACCCUACACUGUGAGGGACCCCAUCUGCCUGGCAACAGUUCUACAUGGUGGUCUCUGAACAAUACAUUCCUACAGCCCAUGACGCCCAGUUACAGCAUCGCCAGCGCCGGAGUCAGGGACAGCGGUGAAUACAAGUGCCAGACAGGCCUCUCGGCGCCAAGUGACCCUGUGCAGCUGGAGGUCCAAAGAGAUACUCUGCUACUCCAGGUCUCUAGCAGAGUCUUGACCGAAGGGGAGCCUCUGGACUUGAGGUGUCGAUGGAAAGAUAAGCCGGUGUACAAUGUACUUUUCUACCGAGAUGGCAAAACCUUUUGGUUUUCUGCUUGGAAUCCUGAAUUCACCAUCCUGAAAACCAACCUGAGCUACAGUGGCCUCUAUCACUGUGAAGGCAAGGGGACGGGGAAGGAACGCUUCAAGUCAGCAAGAGUGUCCAUCACUGUCAGAGAGCUAUUUGCAGUCCCAGUGCUGACAGCGUCCUUGUCAUCGCCCUUCCCAGAGGGGAACACGGUCAGCCUGAGCUGUGAGACUCGGCUGCUCCAGCAGAGGCCGGGCUUGCAACUUUACUUCUCUUUCUACAUGGGCAACAAAACCCUGACUAGCAGAAACACAUCCUCUGAGUACCAGAUCCAAAAGGCUACAAGAGAAGACUCUGGGCUUUACUGGUGUGAGGCUGCCACGGGAGAUGGAAGUUUCCUUAAGCAGAGCCCUAAGGUGGAAUUUCGCGUGCACGCGGCCCCGUCACCAGCUCCUGUUUGGUUGCCUGCCAUUUUCUACCUGACAGUAGGAAUAAUGUUUCUGGUGGAUACCGUUCUCUGUAUAAUGCUAUAUCAGGAGCUGCACAGAAUGAAAAUAUGGAAUUUAGAAAUCUCUCUGGGUUCUGGUUACAAAAAGAAAGUAACCUCUGACCUUCAAAUAUAUGUACAUUCAGAAGAGCUGAAGUGUCAGGAAGAAAAAUAGCUGCAAGAAAAAACAGACCUGUAAAAGCCCCAGGAGGGCGCUCAGCUCAGUGGAUAGCAAUACUCUGGGCAGGCCCUGCCUCCUGCUCUCUGUGCGAGCAUCUGAACACAAACACCCCAAAGUUGAAAGACAGUAAAACGAGGAGUCUAGUCUGACUCUCAAAUUUUAGAGCAAAUAAAUGAGUUGAGUUCAGGGGCAAUGAACUUGGAUACUUGGUAAUCAAGAUAAUUUGAAGUCAGAUAUACUCUAAAGAGAUUUUUUUAAACUUGGAAGUCACAUCUAGCCGAAUUAUCCUAUUAGGUAAUUUGAGCAAUAAUAUAUUUCUAAGGACUGGGUGAAAAGGUGAGUGUAUACUUAUGUGCAAGAGAGUUAAGACAGAGACAGAGACAGAAUGAGGGAAGCAGAAUGUAACUGUUUUCCCUACGAAGCCAAGGCCAGAUCUCCAAGUGUGCACUGCAAGGAGAGACUUCCAGUGGGGAGGGCCAGUGAUAUGCAGCCCCAGCUCUUCCCUCCAGAGAUUUAGCACCAACAACCCCCUCCACCCCGCCCCUCCUCAGGAGUUUCUGGAAGGUUACUAACUAGCUUCAAGAUACCCUACUCUCCCAUUUGUACUCUAGAUUAAAGGCAAAAUGUUACUUUAUAACUCAGCUACGAGAAAAUGGAAAUGAGUAAGACUCUAAAAUAAAAUUCUUGAUUAUUUGUCUUUAAAAAAAUGUAGUUUAUCAGCCAAACAAACCUGCUGAGCUCCUAUCCUGGCU